AAGCCACCGCAGCGACUACUAUUUGGGCUGGAAUAUUUUACAACACACCCCACAAGCGUGAGCCUCCUCCUCCUCCUCCCUCCCGGCUUGGCUCUGCCCAGCUGCACCCGGCUGAAUUGAGCAAGCCUGUUUGCAGCCGCGCCGUUUCCCUGCGCGCUUUCCCCGCCUCCCCUUUGCCCGGGCUCCUCUUCGACCCAACGGGAUCCGGAGGGAAGCGGAGGAGGAGCCAAGGCUGUGCAAAGGGGUUUUGCAACUCCCUCCCCUCACCAUAUGGGAGCGGGUUGGAAACUGUUGUUAGGUAUGUGGUUCCUAGGUCAGCGGCACGCUGGAUCCAGCUAGGAGGAAGGAGCUGGGGGGCAGUUUCGGGCGACCAUGGAGAACGUGGAGUUCCGAGGCGGCCAGGAAAGGUUCCCGGACAAAGAUCCGAGGCUGAACCCCGCGUUUUUGGACACCCAAGGGCACCCUCACCAGCCUCUGCUGCUGAUAGGGGAGCAGAGGGGAGGCGACGCGUACAAGCUGGUGGAAGUGCAACUGAGCGGCGGGGCUCCCUGGGGAUUCACGUUGAAAGGAGGAAGAGAACAUGGAGAGCCUCUGAUCAUCACCAAGAUCGAAGAAGGCAGCAAAGCUGCAGCUGCCGACAAGCUGCUGGCUGGGGAUGAAAUUGUCAGCAUCAAUGAUGUGGACCUCUCUGGGUUCAGGCAAGAAGCCAUCUGCCUGGUGAAAGGUUCGCACAAGUCGCUAAAGCUUGUAGUGAAAAGGAAGAUGAAUUUGGUGGUGGAUAUUGUAACACAGAAAAUGCCGUCUGAAAGUGAUGUUCAUGUGGCCAGGAGCUAUCUUACGAAGAUCUUGAGAAGCUCCAUGAGAAAGAAUGAUCUAGCCUGCAGGCCCCACUCCUGGCAUGCGACCAAAUUCACGGAGAGUCAGCCUGAAACAGCCACGUCACGGCUCUCCUCAACCAAUCCCUGUGCUUCCUGGCACUCUCGGUAUCAUGCAAGCUCCUCUUCCCAUGAUCUGUCGAGCUCAUGGGACCAGUCAAAUCUCCAUCGCACCUCAGACCAGUUCAGUUCUGCUGGAAGCAUGGACAGCUGGGAUCCCACACCCCAGGUGUAUCAAUAUGGACAGAUGUCUUCUGCAAAGUCCAACAGUAGUAUUGACCACCUGGGGAAUCCCAGCAAAAGGGAUUCUGCCUACGGCUCUUUCUCUACUAGCUCUAGCACGCCUGACCACACAUUGACCAGUGCAGAUGCUGCCUCAGUUGAGAAUGCCGGGUACAAGGUGGGUCACUGGGAAACCCCUAAAUCAGGAAAUAGCAAGGCUGCCUCAUUUCUAAGUGAUAAUGGAGGAUUAGAUGAUAAAACUACCUGCUUUGCACCUCAAGCGCCACAGUAUGAAAACAACAGGAGCCCCCGGCUGGAAGAUCAUUCUGAUUCAAAGUAUUCUGGGUCCGGAAGAUCAAAUUUUGGGCCUGUGUGGUAUGUCCCAGAGAAGAAAAAUUCGCCCUCCCCUCCUCCACCACCACCACCUCUUCGUAGUGAUAGCUUUGCUGCCACCAAAAGUCACGAGAGAGCCCAUGCUGCUCCUUAUUCAGAGGGUAUUCAGAGCACCCAGCACUUUGAAGUCCAGCACAGGCUGCAAGCCAAGAGUGACUGGAGUGCCGAAACUGUAGAGCAUCAAAAGAGAGAUGCCAGAGCAGUCGACAAGGUCUCUGAAGGUAGGCAGAGCAGCAAACCAAGCUACAGAUCCGAUUUCAGUCUGGAUUGUGGUUUGUCUUCUGCUGGGGACAGGGUCAACAACAACAUCAUAGGAAAUUUCAGCAGGCUGCAAUCAUCUCUGUCCAGCACAGACGUUCGAUUUGCACAGUCCACUUAUGGCCACCAUCACCAGCGCCAGUACAGUGAUGAAAGCACUUUCUUUCGCAACGCAAAAAUCUCUGCGUCACCUAAAGAGCAGCGGCACCUCUCCACUUAUGCUGGCAUUCAAGAAAGGCCCACUGACAAACGUAGCUGUCAUCCAAACCACACCAGGAUACUUGAUAGUACUGCUUCUUCUGCCACUUCUUCUGAUGUGAGUGCUGAGGAGAAAAUGGACAACACAGGGCUAAGCCGCUAUUACUGUGUGACAGUGAAACAGCCUGUUCAGGGAAACUCGAGACCACUACUCAAAGAUGAGUGUCGGAAUACUGGCAUAGGGAAUCACGCUUCCUCUGGACCACAGGAGAGUCCUGCUAUGACUACAAUGAUCCAAAGUCCCAAAUACUGUCUACCUCAGCAGCCUGUUGAGCCUUCUCUAAAUGUAUGUGAAAAGAGCAGUCAUUACAUAGUGAAUAAAGGAGAGGAUGUUAGAACCAUUUUAAUGGAAGAAUCUAGAAAGGUAAGUUUCCCUGAAAAGCCAGUGCAAGCCCAGAACUUUGAGGAGAACCACGAUAGUUACUGUGAGCGGGAAUAUGGGCGGGAAUGUGUCUUAGUGCCCACCAGUAAAGCUCCCCCAAAAGAUUUCAAGUGGAGUCAAGAAGAGAGCUACAAAAUUUCUCCCCAGAAGACCCCAAUGUUGCACUCUUUAGCUCAGGAAGGGAAAAGCCAGGCUGAUCCUGCUGCAGAAGCUGAGAUUACUAAGCAGCCUGCAUUCGAUGCUAACCUGGGCAAAAAUACACGAAGGAGUGAUCGUUUUGCUACCACACUGAGAAACGAGAUCCAGAUGAAAAGAGCAAAGUUGCAGAAAAGCAAAAGCACAGCUGUCCUAGUGGGGUCAAGUGAGACUGAAGAGUAUGCUGAGAACUGGAAACCCGAUUCAGCAGAAAAGAUAAACUCCUCAUCAGAAAGUUCUUUUACUAAUGUAUACAAAGACAAUCUGAAAGAGGCCCAGGCCAGGGUCUUGAAGGCCACCUCUUUCCAGCGAAGGGACCUGGAGCCCAGUUCUGUGGAUUAUCUUCCAGACCGGAAGACAAUUAAUUAUAACUCUUCUCCACUGGCUCUUGUCUCUGAAGACGAGGCAGGCUUCCUUGGGGCUAGACAGCCUUCUAAACAGACUUCACCUGGUAGUAACGUUCACCACGUUCCUCGCAUUGGAGCUAGGAAGAGGUUCACAAUAGAACAAAAAUUGAAAUCUUAUUCUGAGCCCGAGAAGAUAAAUGAAGUAGGGGUGUCGGAUGAUGACUACCAGCCACGCCGUCGUCCAACUACUUCUGAGGAAGCUUUGGGUUCUUUUGCAGAUAGGUGGAAGUUCUUUGAAGAAACGAGCAAGCCUGCCUACCAAAAAUCUUCACAAAGACAUGCACCUUAUGGUCGGCCAGCAGUACAGACUCCUAAAGAUCCUCAUACCAAUUCUUACGAAGGCGAGAUUGAGGGACCAUGGUAUGAAAGGAGGAUGAGGUCGGCUUCUUUUGGAGUUGAGAAUAUGGUUGGUGCAUGCAGUAGACCCAAAGAAAGUGUCCAUUACAGUGGCCGCAAAGCAAAAUCUGGACAAUCUCCUAGGUUGGAAACUUUCGCAGAAUACCAGGCAUCUUGGAAGGAGCAGAGGAAACCUAUAGAAACUCGGAACUCGGGAAGAUACCAUUCAGCUGACAACAUCCUUGAUGCUGGCCAUGAGCAGCUUGAGAAAUCUCCAUAUACACAUGAACGGUCCAGGUCAUCCCCUUCCACAGAUUUCUACAAACAGGAAGCAUCAGCUGAAGCAAGGAGACAAGCAGAAAAUAAAAGGGAAGAUGAACAUCUUACGUGCUCUCCAGCAAGAUCUGAUGAAAGGAGCUGCAAUUUAAGCUUCUUUUCUACUCUCACAGUAUCUCUCCAGCCUUCUCUAAUCAGAGAGCAAACCUGCCUUCUUGCUGGUUCUCAGAGACCAGCUGACACAGGGUACUCAGAAUUACGUCCCGAAGAGCCUGCCGCUCAGCAGGAUUACAAUUUAGGAAACAAAUGGAAAGUGUCUGCUAGGCCCUCACAUGCAGUGCAGGCUAUACUUGCAUCUCAGGGGAGCCGAGGUAGAUCUGGGACACUGCCCAGUGAUUACAGAUACUCACAGGAAAAUGUGAGGGAGAAAAACAAAGAUUACAGUGCACUGCCGCUUGCUAUUUCUGAGCUGCAAAUAUCCAACGGGGACCGCUUCUGCCCAACACAACUCAAAGGAGAGGGAAGCCUGCAGGAAGAUCCAGCGCCGCUGAGUAAGAAACAUGGGCCUGUGCCCCAGAGGCCUUCCCCUUCAAAACGAGAGAUUAAUUACAGGCGACAAGACCAUUCUUCAGCGUCACUUGCUGCGUCCUCGGAGUCUUCACUGACAGCGCCCAGCAAGCCAGCUCAUUCCCAUUCUGCCAUUGCUCCCAGUGCGGUUGAGGUUCGCGUGUCUCCUUCUCAGACUCCUGUAAAGGUUUUUGAAAAAUUGAAAAGCACUGAGCUGCCAGAGCCUCGCCAGUCAGCGCCCGUGGAUAAUGUUUGCCAGCACUUAGAAGAAAAAGCACGUCUCAAACCUGAACCUGGUCCGUCUUCAACUUAUCGCUACCAUUUGAAACCUGGAAUGGAGACAUCAAGGUCCCCUUCUCCACAAUUUGCUCCGCAGAAGUUGACUGAUAAGCCUCCUGUGGCUGUUCAGGAUGAGAAUCCCACAAGAAUCGAAAGAGUGAUGGAUAACAACACAACUGUGAAGAUGGUUCCCAUAAAGAUUGUACAUUCUGAAAGCCACGCAGAGAAGGAAAGUAGGCAGAACCUUGUGAGCACCAUUGAACUUCCUGCUUUGCCAAGCGGCUUGGAGAAGGACCAGAUUAAAACGCUCAGCACUUCUGAACAGUCCUACUCCCGUUUCUGUGCUUACACGAGGCAGGGGGUGGAGCCAGAGCCUGAGAAAAGCCUUCUCCCUUGUUUGCAACCCGCUGAAGCACCUGGGAACAACACAAAGGACAGUGAUACUUCUCCCCAUGCAGUCAGCUACAUGAGGGCCAAAGAAAAGACCAUGGAAGACUGGAAGUCAGAAGAGCUGGCCAGAGAGAUCGUGGGCAAGGAUAAGUCACUAGCGGAUAUUCUGGACCCAAAUGCGAAAAUAAAAACUACAAUGGACCUGAUGGUGGGAAUAUUUCCGAAAGACGAACAUCUCUUGGAAGAAGCCCAGCAACGCAGAAAGCUGCUUCUGAAAAACCCUUCACCAAAAACUGCAGAGGACAAGAAAGAGGAGCAGCCUCUGCCUUCGGCUAUCCCCUUGACAACCAAUUCCACUUACUACAGCACAUCUGCACCCAAGGCAGAACUGCUGAACAAAAUGAAGGACAUGCAGCAGCAGCAGCAGCAGCAGCAAAGUGAGGAUUCUGAGGAUGAGCUAGACCAUGAUUUAUCUGAGAAGAAGCAAGAACUUAUAGAUAGCAUAAGUCGAAAGCUGCAAGUGUUGCGGGAAGCUCGAGAGACACUCCUGGAAGACAUUCAGGCCAACAAUAUGCUUGGAGAUGAAGUGGAGGCCAUUGUCAAAGAGGUCUGCAAAUCCAAUGAAUUUGACAAGUUCCGGAUGUUUAUUGGGGACCUGGAUAAAGUGGUCAACCUCCUGCUGUCACUCUCUGGCCGUCUAGCCAGAGUAGAAAAUGCACUAAACAACUUGGAUGAAAAUGCCUCUCCUGAAGAGCGGCGGAUCCUGGUGGAGAAGAAGAAGCUGCUCACACAGCAGCACGAAGAUGCAAAGGAACUAAAGGAGAACCUGGACCGAAGGGAACGCAUUGUAUUUGACAUUUUGGCCAACUACCUGAGCGACGAGAGCCUUGCCGAUUAUGAGCAUUUUGUCAAAAUGAAGUCAGCCCUCAUAAUCGAACAGCGAGAACUGGAGGACAAAAUAAAACUUGGGGAGGAGCAGUUGAAGUGUCUGACUGAUAGCCUUCAACCUGACAGGCCCAAAUGACAUUCACCCAAGGACCAUGGAAAUCGAAACAACGUGGGUUUAGAAGUAUAGAACUCCUCCAUUCACUAGGAGGAGUUGCUCAAAAGAAACAACAACAAUAAGUCAUAAUAGCAAUAAUAUUCAGGGGGAGGGGAGUUGUUUCUAUGUGGGGUUAUUUGCAUUUCUAGAAACAUUUCAAAGCUUCUCUGGCUUUCCUUUAUCACACAGCCUUAGGAACCUCUCCAGACAUUAGAUUCUGUGCUUCAUAUUUGGUAUAUUCAGGAAUCUGCUGCAGUUGUGCAUGAGUGCAGUUCUUUUUUUUAACGAAGAAAAAAAUAUGUGUGGUUUCUUUUCAGAUUCAUAUAGGUUGCUGUGGAUCCCUCAAAAACUUAACAAUGAGGAUUUUAGGAGACUUUAUUGGGAGGGAGCAGGUUACAGCCAUAUCAAACAGACAGAACAGAUUUACUCAUGUUACCUGUCUAGUGUUGUAUUCAGGUUGGUGAGAAAUAGUGAUGUUUGCACAUUUGAUCUGCAAUCCUAUGCACACUUACCUGGGAGUAGGCCCAUUGAGCAAAGUGGGACUUACUUCUGAGUAAAUACUCGCAAGAUUCCACCGGCAGGUGCUAUUUUGAAGAAGUGUUGCAUAAGCUCUGCCUUUCCAAAAAAUUAUGUCAAAACUUUGGACGAGUAGACCUUGGAACAACCUAUUAAAAAUCUACUUUCAAACACACCUGAAAACUGUGUGACUAUACAUGGUUUUUAAUGUCUCAGCGAGGUGGAACUUGCCAUUAUUAUUAUUUUCCAUUUGAAGAUAAAGUUGGAGAAUUUUAGCCAGUCUUGUUCAAUUCAUUAAUUAUCAUCUUCUCCAUAGCACAAACGCAAUAAUUUCAUUCAGCUCAGCUGUCUUAUAUGAAUGAAGUGUAACUAAGGGUCUGACUAUAAUAUGCACAGGUCUGUAAAUAAAAGGCAGAACUACUGCUACAUUAUGCUUGGUGCCAUUUGCCAGGGAUUCAGUGAAUCGAACUACAAAUUAGAAAAUCAUUCUGUAUAUCUUUCAUUUGCACAAAGCUAACAGUGUGUUUUUUAAUUUUAUCAUGUCCUUCCUGCCUAGGACUGCUGUUUGUCCAGCUUUUUCAUGCCUCAACAAGAAGCAUGCUAUCCAUUUUACUGAAGUACAUUGGAAACGUUCACUGUUAUUACGUGAGUGUGUUCCUAUUUUCAUUUUAACAAAUAUCCCUGCCACUAUGGGACUUUAUUUUCCACAAGGAGUGAUGUAUUAACACUGUCAUCAAAGGAAAAAAAAUCUAU